AUGAAGCGCCCUCAGGUUGCAUCAACCUCGAUGCCCGAUGCCCCAAACACCAACAGAUCGCCCCCAGCGCCAGACUCACCAGCUCCCGAGGAAGAUGACGACGCUGGCAUGGCAUCGCCCGAGCUUCCGCUCACAAUGAGUGCCUCUAUCAUGUUGGCCGACCUGCCGCAUGAUGCUACGGCGGCGUUGGCCAGUGUUGGUGGCUUCGCCCAAGAGAAAGUGGUCGUCAAGUUCAAGCCUGUUGGGGCAGCCCCUAGUCUAGCACAGGAACUAUGUAAGAUUAGCGCGACGAGGAAGUUUGAGGAAGUGGUGAGAUAUUUGAGGAGGAAGUUGAAAUGCAAGGACACGGACAGUGUGUUUUUGUAUGUGAAUAGUGCGUUUGCGCCGAGCCUAGAUGAGGUGGUGGGAAAUCUACACCAGUGCUUCAAAAAUGCCCAGGAUCAGCUCAUUGUCGCUUACUCCAUGACGCCAGCUUUUGGGUGA